AUGAUGUUCAGCAUAUUGGGCGCCGAUCGCAAGAUGCAAGCUGCGCUUUUGAGGGGCGAUAGCGUUCAGACCGUGAUGCGCAGACAGCGCACGGCCGAUGAGGAAGAACGUCUCGUCAAGCUGUUCACACAAUGGGCCAACUUCCUGCUCGAAAGGAGGGGCCUGCAGAUUGAGAGCGUGGGCAAGGACAUCUCGGACGGCCUCAUCUUGAUUCAGCUGGCCGAGAUCCUCACCAACGUCCCGGUCGCCAAGCAUCAAGAGUGUCCCACUCUUCUUAUUCAUAACAUCGAAAAUCUGACGAUCGCGUUGGAACACUUCACUGUACAUGGAGGCGUGGACUCGAGCUACGUGAGCCCCUCGGCGCUCGCCAACAACGAUGUGAAACAAAUCCUCAGCCUGUUCUGGAUGUUUGCCCUCAAAUUUAAGAUGAAGGAUCUCAAGAAUCGCUGGGCUGAGCUGCAGAGAAACGGCGCCAAGCACAACCAGUUCGUGCAGCUGAAGAAGGACAUGAAGCAGAUUACGGACGACGGCCUCGGCGCGCCGCUCCUGCCCCGGUCGGCCAUGAUGACCAUCAAGCGCAACGACGACCAGGUGCGCAACCUGCUCAAGCAGCAGGCCAUGUCCAAGUACGUCGCCGCCGCCGAGAGCCUCCGUCAGUGGGUCGAGACCACCACCACCGAGCUCGAGGAGGCCAACCGCGCGCUCGACGUCGAGUCGGCCGCCGGCCCGCCUGGCCCCGGCCCGGCCAUCAUCGCGCAUGCCGAGAACCUGCGCAGCGCCCGCGAGAGCUUCCGCGGCCAGGAGAAGGCCAUCAACGAGGGCAAGCUCAAGCGCAAGACCCUGGCCGAAGACGCCUACAUCGAGAUGAAGAAGGCUGGGUGCAGCGAUCCGGCCUACUGCCCGUUCGCGACGGUCGAGGAGUGCACGAACAAGCUCGAGGGCGUGCUGUUCGAGCGGCGGCGCAAGCUCGACGAGCACCUGCGUCGGGCCGACGAAGAGGCCGAGCGCGAGCGUGAGCAGGCCCGGCUGCGCGAGGCCGCCAGCACGCGGCUGGCCCAGCAGCUCGAGGCCGAGCGCGAGCGGCAGGAGGAGGAAAAGAAGCGGAUGGAGUUUGAUCUGCGCGAGCGCGCGCGUCUGCUGAAGCAGGAGCUGCUCAAGCUCAAGGGCGAGGAGCGCCCGGGCUCGGCGGUGGUGGCGGGAGGCGCCGGCCUCACCGCCGCCGGCAGGCCCAGCUCGGGCGCCGGCCUCGUGCGCAGUGACAGCGGUGGCCUCGUCAACCGAAGCUCCUCCGAUGCCGACAAGCCGCAGCUCGACCCGCGCAAGAUCCUCAACGCCGAGUGCACGACCGGCUCCAGUUACGCUCCAUACCUCACCCACAGUGUCACACGGCGCGAGGAGGAGGGCGCGCCGUGCACCUCCUGCAAGAAACUGCUGGGCAACACCCUCAUGCUGCUCGUCGACGGAAAGGAGCUGUUCCAUUCGACGUGCUUCGUGUGCAAGCGGUGCGGGAAGGAGUUUGAUGACUACUACUACGAGCACCGGGGCGAGGUGCCCCUCUGCUUCGAACACUACGCCGAGGCCUCGGGCCUGAGCUGCAACGGCUGCGGCCAGGUGAUCCGGACCAGCACCGUGACCCUGGCCAUGGGCAAGAAGUGGCACUCCCACUGCUUCGCCUGCGUCAGCUGCCACACCGUACUCAAAGACGGUCACUACGUGCACGAGGGCCAGCCCUAUUGCCAGCUGGACUUCUACCGGGCCAAGGGCCUCCUGUGCGUGCGGUGCGAGACGCCGGUGGGCGUCGGCGACAAGUCCUUCGAGGGCCGCGCCUGGCACAAGGACGGCUUCUACGGCGUGAACGGCCUGCCCUUCUGCGGUACCCAUUACGAGGAGAUGGAGCUCAGAGGGCAGACCAAGACCGGCGGCGGCGGGGACAAGUUCGGGAGCUGGUCGCGCCGCAUGCAGGGCUCGGGCGGCCUCACCGAGGGCAUGACCAUGUCGGCCUCUGGCCUCGCGCGGGAGAAGGAGAAAGAGGAGGCCGUGCUCCGGGCCGACAUGGACCGGAGGAAGCGCGAGCAGCUCGAGCGCGAGAAGGAGGCCUACGUCAAGGAGCUCGAGCGGAAGAAGCGGGAGAUCGAGCGCGACCUCGAGCGCGAGCAGUGGCGGUCGCUCGACCGCGAACGCGAGCGCGACCGGGACCACAGCUCGCGAGACCGCGACCGCGACCGUGAUAGGUACAGCUCGGGCCGAGACCGCGAGAGCAGUCUCGGCCGGGACGGCGGCCGCAGCCGAUCGCAGACGGCCAGGGAGAGCGACCGCGACCGCGACAGGGACCUGCGCGACCCGCGCGACCGCGACCGCGAGCGAGAGCUGCGGGACCGCGACCGUGACAGGGACCCGAGGGACCGCGACCGAGAGCGGAGCAGGGACAGGGAUGGUGGCAGGAGCGACAAGGGCUCCCUGGGGAAGGACAGGGAGAAGGAGCUGCGGGAGAGGCGGGCCAGCAUGUCCUACACCUCGGGCGGGAGCGGGCGGCGAUCACAUUACUAA